AUUUUUUGUAAUUAUUUUUAUGUAUUUUUAUUAUUUUAUUUUAAAAAUAUAAUCUAAUUUGGAUAUUCAAUUUUAUUUCCUUUUUUAAAAGAUAUCAAAUAUCAAAUAAUUAAACACUAUUGGAUGGUGAACCUUAGGGAGUGAACCCAAGAAUUUUUCGAAUAAAUAUUUAAAGUUACCUUAAUGUUGAUUAUACCAACAAGAUUAGUAGUCAUAGUUUUCAAACCAGCACAUAUAUUUGUAUAUAUAAUUUGAUUUUAGGAGGAGUUUAAGAAAAUAUUUAGAAAGAGUUUUUUCUUUUUCCCUUUUUUUGGGGCAAAGAGUUUUUUUUUAUUUUAAGUUCCAUUUAUUCUUCUGCUUGAUCCUUCCCCAUUUUGCUUGACGGGACGUCUCAAUUUCCAUUUUGUCUGCCUAAUACUUACGUAAUCUAAAAUAAACUCAUACGUUCAUCUAUGAUAUUUCACUAGCAACAAUUUUUUUUUGUUUAUUUCCCAAGUAAAUAAAAUUAACAAAAUACGAGAUUAUAAUGAUUAGGGUAUACUAUACGAUAUGCACGUUUAUAUAUAAAUCUUGGGGCUAAAACUUGUAAACGACGAGAAUUUUAGGGCCACAAGUAAUUUUAAUAAAAUUAGCUUGUGUUAUUUUUAAUUAGAUUAACAUAAAUCAAAACAAAUCCUUCGAACUCAAAAUUCGAAUAUUCCCUUUCUCUUCUCCUUCCUCUUCUCUCUCUUUUCGACCCGAUCGUUUGAGGAGAGAGAGAUGGAGAGAGGAGGAGGAAGAGGAGGAGAAGGAGGAGAAACAACAAUAUGCGACGUUAAUCCGCCGACACCUACGAAAUCGGUGACUCCGAGAUAUUCUCUGAGCUUUUGGGAGGUCACGGCAGCUUCCGGCGUCGUUCUGGGGUUUCUCAUUGGCCUUGUUUGCGUUUAUCUCACAAUGCCUCAAUCUGAUUACAGCUUCCUCAAGCUACCUCGUAAUCUCCAUGACCUUCAGAUCCUCAGAGAUAACCUGGAGAUUUACACAAGUGAUUACACAGUUCAAGUUCUUGUCGGAUAUUCUUUGGUGUAUGUGUUUAUGCAGACAUUCAUGAUUCCUGGAACUGUGUUCAUGUCUUUGCUUGCUGGUGCUCUCUUUGGAGUUUUCAAAGGAAUGGCUCUUGUUGUCUCCACUGCAACAGCUGGUUGCUAGAAGGAAAGACGGUUUGCUGAACUAUAUGCUGUUCUUGAGACUAACACCAACAUUGCCCAACACUUUCAUCAAUGUUGCUUCUCCAAUUGUUGAUGUUCCUUACCAUAUCUUCUUCCUCGCUACGUUCAUCGGUCUGAUUCCUGCUGCAUUUGUUACUGUCCGGGUAUGUUCAUUUCUGGCAUCUUCCUUGUUAUGAUCUUACGGUUUCAGUGAGUAUAUGAAUGUCUUUGGUUUUGUGGCAUAGGCUGGGAUAGCUCUUGGAGAGCAACAAUCAUUGGGAGAUCUCUAUGAUUUCAGCUCGAUGGCGACUCUGUUUCUCAUCGGUGUGCUCUCUGUGACUCCAACCCUAAUUAGCAAGAAGAAGGCUUAGAAGAAGAACAAGAUCAAAUGGAAACAUAAGACAAAGCUAUCACAUGCAUACGAUGAUGACUCUUUGUGUAUAUAUUUAGGAUGUUAGGACUCAAAACCAACAUGUUCUCUAAAUGUUUUUAAACUCAAAAAAUGUAUUAGAAAAAUAUAUCGCAAAUGGGUUUCAUGGGCCGUUUGACAACAU